AUGGAUGAGUUCCAGAAGGAAGUUAGAACAUCCAUUCCUGCAGCAAGUCCUUCUUCCAAUAUUAAUGCACAAUUUAGUGCAUUUAGAACUUUUGUUCUGUCGGCACUAGAGAAUCUGCAGCUGCAACUCCAGCUUCUCUCCAGGCAGCAAGACGAAAUGGAGCUCGGAAUCGCUUUGGUGUGUCACGGUGUUGGACACGUGAUGGGUCUAUUGUCAUUCUUGGGCGCGAUGGCACCCGACAUCGAGUGG